CUUUACUUUCAGAAUUUAAUGAAUACAAUUUUCUUCGUGGUUAAACCAAAAACCAAACAUUUGAUUAUGCAAGGAAGCAUCAGAAAAUCGAAAUCGUUAUUCUUCGUGAGAACGGUUUGAAUUUUGAUAACGAAAAUGGGAGACACAGUGGAAGAAACCAAAACCAAUUUAUCAGAGAAUUCCAACCCUAAUCCCAAUCCAGAAUCAGAAACAGAAACCCUAACAUUAGAUGGUACCUCCUUCAAUACCAACAAUCAGAGAGAAAUAUUGAAAGCAAUUGAAGUUGUCGAACGAGAUUCCUUCGCCAUUGCUCAGAGCUUCACCUCCGUCUUCGAAGCACUCCGAUUGUCCCUCUCUCAAUCCACCGACACCUCAUUACAUCAUAUUCAAUGCUUCACCGACGCCGCCGGUCAUCUUCAAGAAUCCGUGCUUGAUGCAGCUACUAAGGGGAAUCGAUAUAUAAAUUCGUGUCUCAAAUUGAAUGAGGAAAUGAAGAGCGUUGAUAGUCUAGCAUCACAAUUAAAAAUCCUGAGACGGCAUGUAGAUGUUCUGGACUCGGCUGUUAACAAGCUUCUUCAUGUCUCUUAACACCUGGGAAUGAGAUUCAGUCCUAUAUAUAUAAAACAGCCUUUUAGAUGAAGAAUUUGAAAAAUGUAUGUAUCUAUAUGUAUUUGAUAUAUUGUGCUGGGUUAGUGAUGUGCUGACAGAGCAACAUUAUUUGGACAAGUAAUAUUAGGGCAGAGAAUAUUGUGGUUGUGAUUUAAAUUGUUAGGUGCUUAUUUCCCAAAUUACUGUUAUUAUUACUACCAUUAUUCCUAGCAGAUAGUAUGAAAUGGUUGAAGUUUCAGCUGGUGAUUUAUGACU